AUGACUGACGAAGCCAUCUUGGUCUUCGCGAACUUCAUCUUCGGGGGCACCAAGGAGGAGUUCCUUGUCCGCGCCGGGGGAAAGGAGCCUGCGAUUUGGGUUGCUGGCGACGAAGGCGUUAUUCUCCGCACACCGGUGGUACACGACGUGCCAGGUGAUGGUGAAGACACGGAGUGUGACUUCGACACCUCUUUCGAGUGGCAUGGGAGUUACUUGGAUCUGGAGAGGCAGACGCUCCGCCUCGAGAUCUGGAACUGGGCCCGCUGGCGGGUGAACAAGUUCGAUUGCUUUGCAGAGGAGCAGUUGCUGGGCUUCGCGAAGGGGCCCAUCCAGAACGAGAUGGAGUGCAACAAGGUGGACAAGUUCGGGAAGAAGCAAUGUCGUGUGAAGGUGUCCUUCAAGCUCCGCGUUUGCAGCUUUCGGGCUUUCGGGUUUAGGGAGUCCGAUGGAGUUUCGUUUCGGCCCUUUUGGGAGGCUGUGAAAGUGCCGGAGGCACUGAAGAUGGUCUUGAAGCCUCCUCGGGCCUUCGGGCGCACCCGAAAGCAUGUAUGGAAGAGCUGGAACCUAGAACUCUUCAGAACGAGCAAUAUGCGAAUGUGCUUUCGGCUUGCCGGCUUUUGA